AUGCAAUCUCGUUCAUAAAGAAGAAGAAGAAUAUUGAAAUAAUGCAUUCAAAAAAAGAGUAAAAUAGAAGACAAUGCUCAUGUAACUUAGGAAAUAGAUUCUGAAUACGAGGAUGUUAGUGAAAUGGAGGAAGAUGAACAUAUUCAAUAUGAAGAUGAAUUUGAUGAUGAAUAUGGUAAAUUAUCAAAAUAAUUUAGUUAGAGAGUGAAGAAGGAGAAAUCAAUAUAGAUAGUGAAGAUGAAGAAAUAUUAGAAAAGGAAGAGUAAUCUUAAGAAUAAUCAUAAUAAACUCAAUAAUAAUAAUAACCCAUAUAAUAAUAAUCAAAACUCAAGAGAAAGAAGAAGGGUAUGGAAUAAGAGAAUCAAGAAAAUCAAAAGAGAGUAUGGUUCUAUGAUGAAGCUGAAAAUUUAGAUUUUGAUAAUAGAGCUUAUAAUAUGUUACAUAGAGUCACAACUGAAUGGCCUUGUUUAUCUUGUGAUUUUGUAUUAACUGAAGAAGAAUAAUAAUAAUAUAAAAAUAAGGAAUAUCAAAAAAUGAAUAAAUAUCCAUAUAGUGUUUAUUUAGCUGCUGGUACUCAAGCAGCAUAACCAACCAAAAAUUAAAUAUACUUAUUAAAAUUAUCAAAAAUGCAUAAAACUAAAUAUGAUGAUGAUGAAGCAUCUUAAUCAGAAGAAGAUAGUGAAGAUGAUAAUCUUAGUAAUGAUGAAGAAGGUUAAGUACAUUUGAGUAGUGUUACAGGAUUAAAAUGUGGAGUCAAUAGAAUUAAAACUAUGAAUGGUUAAGCAAUUGCUGCUUAUUGGAAUGAAAAUGGAGAUGUUAAUAUUUUAGAUCUUAAUCCAUUAUAUAAAAAACUUUAAUCUAAUUAAUAAUCUUAAUUUAAUUUAUCAUAAUUACAUCAUAAAGUAUUUAAAAAUUAACAUGAAGGAUUUGCAUUAGAUUGGAGUCGUUUAAAAGUAGGUGAUUUAUUAAGUGGUUCAGUUGAUGGUAAAAUUUAUUUAUAUCAAUUAAAUAAUAAUGAUUGGAUUAGAGAAAAUAAAGCUUAUGAAUAUCAUAAGGGAAGUGUUGAAGAUUUAUAAUUUUCACCAAUUGAAAGUUUUGUAUUUGCUUCAUGUUCUACUGAUGGAACUCUAUGUAUUGUUGAUACAAGAGAAGGAAAACAUAAAUAAGCUUAANUAAAAAUUGAUAUAGUUAAUUUGGAGUAUUAUAAUAAGUUAACAUAAUAAUAUAAAGAUUUUUAUGUUAACUUAUUGUAUUUAUAUUUAAUCAAUAAAAGUUGGAAUGAAUGA